AUGGCAAAGCAGGACUGGGUAGUUUCAAAGCGCGGUAAAAAGUCCAAGGCGACGAUUUCAAAUGGAAUGGUUGCUGUUGAUUGUGAGAUGGUUCUAUGUGAAGAUGGCUCUGAAGCUCUAGUUAAAGUGUGUGUUGUUGAUGAAAAUUUACAGGUCCAGCUAGAUGAACUAGUAAACGCUCUUGUAAAAAAAGUUGCUGAUUACAGAACUGAGAUUACCGGAGUUUCUGCAUCAGAUUUGGAUAGAGUUACGUGUACAUUGGCUGACAUACAGAAACGCUUGAAGAAGUUGUUAUCAGGUGAAACUAUUUUAGUGGGACACAGUUUGUGUAAUGACCUGCAAACGUUGAAGAUAGACCAUGCAAGGGUGAUUGAUACUGCAUAUAUCUUUAAAUAUUCGGAUGGGCCUAUUUUUAGAAAACUUUCCUUGAAUUAUUUGUGCAAGUCUGUAUUGGGUUAUGAAGUCCGGAAGCCAGGUUCUCCACACAGUUGUCUAGAUGAUGCUUGUGCUGCAAUGAAACUUGUUCUUGCUAAGAUAAAGCGUGAAAUUGGCGAUAUUAUCCCCCCAGUUCAGGAGGAUGUACCUUAA